AUGGUUGUGGACAGGAUGGAGUCAGCAUCCAAGGAGAAGGUGACAGCGUCGAGGUGCUCCACACACAAGGAGGAGGGAACACACAUCUUUGAGAUCGCCGGGUACAGCCUCAAGAAGGAUAUGGGUGUCGAGAAGUUCGUCCGGUCGGUCACCUUCACUGUCGGUGGGUACGACUGGUCCAUCAGAUUUUAUCCCGAAGGUACCACCGAGUCGCCCGAAGGGUGUAUGGGGAUCUGUCUUGAGCUCAUGAGCAGCAAUGCCGAAGUGCGGACAUUCUUUCGGCUUGGAUUGGUAAAGCAUGAGACAGGGUUGAUUGGCUCAAUGUUUACGCCAAACAAUAAGGUGUUCAGCUCCAAGACCAGGAACAGUCGUGAGUAUCAUCUGUUCAUACUAAGAAGCAGUCUUGAGGCGAAACCAGUAAAGUACCUUCAGGAUGAUUUUCUCAUAAUCAAAUGUAAUAUUACGGUAAUCAAAGAAUCUGAGGUUUAUGAAACCUUGGGGCACUCUGAAAUUGAGGUGCCACCGUCAGACAUCAUGGAGCAUCUCGCAAACCUGUUGGACACUAAGGAGGAAGCAGAUGUCACUUUCAGUGUUGGAGGCGAGACCUUUCAGGCGCACAAGAUUUUGCUUGCCAUGCGAUCACCUGUCUUCAAAGCAGAACUCUUUGGGCCGAUGAAGGAGAAGAGGAUGCAGUGUUUGACCAUCAAAGACAUGCAGCCCGCUGUUUUCAAGGCUCUGCUGCAUUUCAUUUAUACAGAUUCAUUGCCUGACUUGGAUGAUCUUGAAGGCGAUGAUAAGUGUGAAAUGAUCCGGCAUUUGCUGGUAGCUGCAGAUAAGUAUGCCAUGGACAGGCUGAAGGUUAUGUGUGAAAACAUCCUUGGCAAGAGUCUUGAUGUGGAGAACGUGGCAACUACAUUGGCUUUAGCUGAUCAGUAUAGCUGUGACAAGCUUAAAGAUGUUUGCAUUGAAUUUAUUGCCUCUUCAGAUAAGAUGGAUGAUGUCGUGGCAACCAAAGGUUAUGCAAAUCUCAAAAGAUCUUGCCCGUCUGUCUUGAUAGAUGCUUUAGAGAAGAGAAGCAGGCCUCGCAUAUAA